AUGGCGACUGCUGCGGAGACGGAAGCCACUCCGCCGACGACCUCGAGCUGCGAAAGUGGCGGCGGCGGCGACGAGGAGAUGAAGCGGGCCCUUCCGCAGCCCGAGUCUUCCCCACAAAAUGGCGGCGGCGGCGGCGGCCCCAGCAUCUGGGAGCCCAGCGGCGGCGGCGCCGCGCCCGAGGAGACGGCGACCGAGGCCACCGCGAGCGUCAGCCAAGAGCAGCCUCGGGACUCGGCUGAGGCGGGCGCGGCCGCUCUCCCCAAAGGCCCCGAAGAGCCCGAAAGACCCGUUAGGAGGAUUUUUCAGAUCCCCAGGAAGAGCAGAGAAAAGAAAGCACUUUUUCAGCCAUUAACUCCAGGAUCUCGUGAAUUUGAAGAUGUUUUAAAUAUUCUCCAUUCAUCUUACCUUGAACCAACCUCAGUAACAAAUUUUAACUACAAAUGUGCUUGCUUGGUACAUAAUGAGCUUUUGGAAAAGGAGUUUACAGAAAAGCGAAGAGAACUGAAGUCUGAUGGCCGUUCAGAUAAAGAACUUUCAGAAUCCUAUGCAUUUUUGAUGGUUGAUCGCUAUCAGGUUCAAAGCAUAUGUGAAAAAGGACUACAGGUGGGCCAGUCCAAAAUAACAAUUCUUGGCAGUCCUUCCAUGGGUAUCUAUCUUUCUAGGUAUCCUGAUUUGUUACAGGCUAAUCCUUUGGAAGCUGGGACAGUGGGUGAUGUUGUUAUUUUUAAAAUAAUGAAGGGUAAAAUAAAAAGUAUAUAUGACCCCAUGGGUGUAAAAAGUUUGGAAUCUAAAAGUGCUUUGGAUCCAACACCAAAGCAUGAAUGUCAUGUGUCGAAGAAUGCCAAUAGAAUUACAUCACUUUUGGCUUACCGAGCCUAUGAGCUUACUCAAUAUUACUUCUAUGAGUAUGGCUUUGAUGAACUAAGGCAAAGACCAAGACACGUGUGUCCAUAUGCAGUUGUGUCUUUUACUUACCAAGAUGAUAUACAACCUCCGAAGUUUGUACCUUCAUUAAGAUCUAACAGCUUUAAUGCAGAUAGAAACACAGAUAAAUUUCACUACACAUUGUGGAAAGGACAGCUUUUAAAUAAAGGAAAGCUUUUGUGCUAUAUUUCUCUGAGGUCAGCCACUCGUGCUUUUUUGCCUAUCAAACUUCCUGAGAAGCUAGAUGUUGAAACAGUUAUGAGUAUUGAUCAUCUGAAACAGAAAAUUCCUCCAGCGCUGUUUUACAGGGAAGCAUACUUCGGUUCAAAUGAAGUUUUGAAGAAUGGAAUGUACUGCAGUCUUUAUGAAGUUGUAGAAAAGACAAGAAUUGGAAGUAACAUGGAGAGUUUACUGCAAAAACUAGAGAAAGAAAAACUUGUCCUGGUUAAACCUUUGGGAGACCGAGGAUACCUUUUUCUUCUCUCUCCUUAUCAAAUGGUUUCUCCAUAUGAACAUCAAACUGCCAGAUCUCGAAUCCUACAUGCUUUGUUUCUAUUUCAAGAACCUAGAGGCAUAGUUACUUCACAAAAAGGUUCAACCAAUGUAGCACCAGCACAAAAAGGUUCAACCAAUGUAGCACCACCAGAGAGACACGAGAGCAUGCCAGAUAUAUUGAAAAUAACUCAGUUUUUACAGUUUGCUUUGAUUCGGUGUCGAAAGGAAUUAAAAGAUAUAAAUAGUAUAAAUUUUCAUUCUGGUGUUGAAAAGUACGUAAGUGAGUUUUUUAAGCGAGGUUUUGGUUCAGGUAAACGAGAGUUUAUUAUGUUUCCAUAUGAUUCACGAUUAGAUGAUAAAAAAUUCUUAUACCCAGCUCCAAGAAAUAAAUCCCAUAUUGAUGAUUGUUUGCAUACCUAUAUUUUUCGGCCUGAAAUGUAUCAGUUACCUAUUUGUCAGUUAAAAGAGCUAUUUGAAGACAAUAGAAAACUUCAACAGUUCGGUCAACUUUCAGAUUAUGAAGGCCACGAAGAAAUGAAUGGCACAAAAAAGAAAUUUGGGAAACGAAAUAACUCAAGGGGUGAGACUAUUAAACCUGGAAAGCAGAAGUCAUCUCACUCUUUGGAUCAUGAUAAUGAUAGAUUCAAAGAAUUGAUUAAUUUGAUUCAGUCUAGGAAAAAAAAUGUGGGUGGGGACUCAGACACAGAAGAUAUGAGAAGCAAAACUGUCUUGAAGAGGAAGCUUGAGGAUCUACCUGAAAAUAUGAGAAAGUUCGCCAAAACCAGUAAUUUAGCUGAAAAUUGCCAUCUGUAUGAAGAGUCUCCACAGCCCAUUGGCUCACUUGGGCAUGACACUGACUUGCAGCAGGAGGAUACCUCUAACUCUGGUGUUGCUGGAAUCCAUAGGCUGUUUAAUUGGCUAUCAGAAACACUGGCAAAUGCACGCAAUUCGGAUGCAUCCCUGACCGACACGGUCAACAAAGCCUUAGGAUUGAGUUCUGAUGGUGCCUAUGAAGAGCUGAGGCAAAAGCAUGAAUAUGAGUUGAAUUCUAAGCCAGAUAAGAAAGAAUAUGAGCAGCUUACUUGUGCAAAAAUUGAAAAUGCUCAUUUUAAGGGCACUCAGAUCCCAUUGUUAGAAGCUAAUACAUCAUCUGUAAAGUAUCCUAUUGCUCUUUCUACCAGUGAAGUAGGCACUGACCAUAAACUACAUUUGAAAGAAGAACCAAAUUUAAUUAGCAUGAAUAGUUUUGAAGAUUGCAGUUUGUGUCCCACCAUUCCCAUUGAACAUGGAUUCCAUAAACAAUCUAAGUCUAAUAAUGUUGAAGAGACUGAAAUACAUUGGAAACUGAUUCCAAUUACAGGAGGGAAUGCAAGAAGCCCAGAAGACCAGCUGGGGAAACAUGGUGAAAAACAAACGCCAGGUAUGAAAUCACCAGAAGAACCACUGGUGUAUCUGCCACCACAGGAGACCUUUCCUAACGACCCCCGGGUAGUAAGUAGACAGAGAAGUUCUGAUUACCAGUUUCCAUCCUCUCCAUUUACAGACACACUAAAGGGCACCACUGAGGAGGACGUGUUAACAGGUCAGGUGAUGACAGUGGAGGAGCAGUGUGUGCCAGCAGCAGAGCCGCCUGCAGUGAACGAAACCACAGAGAGGACAGUGUUAGGAGAAUACAGUCUCUUUUCUAGGAAGAUAGAAGAGAUUUUGAAGCAAAAGAAUGUUUCAUAUGUCAGUAGAAUUCCCACACCUAUCUUUUCAACACAAGAGAAGAUGAAACGACUUUCUCAGUUCAUGUAUUCUAAGACUUCCAAAGCUGGUGUACAGGAGUUUGUAGAUGGCUUGCAUGAGAAACUAAAUUCUAUUAUUAUCAAAGCAUCAGCCAAGGGUGGGAAUUUGCCACCAGUCAGUCAUAAUGGUUCUGGUACUAAGAUAGCAUUGAAUCCUCUAGGAAGAAAUGUCAUACCAGUUUCCUCAAGUGACUUCAGUAAACACCUUGAACCACUUUGUAGUGAUACUUUGAAAGACACCAACUCUAAUGAGCAGCAUUCUUCUUCAACUUUGGGUUUAACUGAAGUAGAAGUGAACCAGCCACACCAUGCCACGGAGCUAAUGGUGACUUCUGAUCAUACUGUACCUGAUGAUACUGCUCAGGAACCAGAAGAAAAAGAAAGAAAAUCACCCAGUGAUGUAGACAUUUCUGCCCAGCCAGCUCUUUCAAAUUUUAUAAGCAAGUUAGAACCUGAAGUAUUUAACAGUUUGGUUAAAAUCAUGAAAGAUGUCCAGAGAAAUACUGUGAAAUUUUACAUUCAUGAAGAAGAAGAGAGCUUGCUCUGUAAAGAAAUAAAGGAAUAUCUUAUCAAGUUAGGCAAUACAGAAUGUCAUCCAGAACAGUUUUUGGAAAGAAGAUCAAAAUUAGAUAAACUAUUAAUUAUUAUUCAAAAUGAAGACAUUGCAGGCUUCAUCCACAAGGUACCUGGCCUGGUGACUUUAAAGAAGCUCCCUUGUGUUAGUUUUGCUGGUGUUGAUAGUCUGGAUGAUGUUAAAAAUCAUACAUACAAUGAAUUAUUUAUAUCUGGAGGUUUUAUUGUGUCCGAUGAAUCCAUUCUAAAUCCAGAAGUUAUCACAAUUGAGAACCUUAAAAAUUUUUUGACAUUCCUCGAAGAACUUAGUACUCCAGAAGGAAAAUGGCAAUGGAAAGUCCACUGUAAAUUUCAGAAAAAACUUAAGGAACUGGGAAGGUUGAAUGCUAAAGCUCUAAGUCUGUUGACGCUUCUGAAUGUCUAUCAGAAGAAACAUCUGGUUGAAAUUUUGUCUUACCACAAUUGUGAUUCACAAACACGAAAUGCUCCAGAAUUGGACUGCCUUAUCAGACUUCAGGCGCAGAAUAUACAGCAACGACACAUAGUCUUUUUAACGGAAAAGAAUAUCCAGAUGCCCUCCAAUUAUACAGAUAGUGGAAUAGUAGUUGCAUCUGCUGAAGCUUUUAUGCAAAACUUUAAAAAUCUCGUGGGCUAUCACAACUCAGUCACAGAAGAAAACCUUCCACUGCUUGGUGCUAAUGAGACUCUUGAGUCGCAGUCAGCUCUUUUAGAAAACGAUGAAAAGGAUGAAGAGGAUAUGUCUCUGGAUUCAGGGGAUGAAAUCUCAAAAAUAGAAGUGUACAGCAGUUCAGAAAUAUUGGCGAAAGAGACCAAAGGAUCACGUGGAACAGAUCAAAAUAAGAAUAUUCAAAUUGAGUUGCAAUCGUCUCUUGACGUGCAAAAAAGUUUAUUAGAAGAUAAGACUUAUCAAAUUGAUUCUGAAGAGAGAGCUUCUGCUGAUGCAAGCUCUGAAGGACAGAACAACAAUUCAGCUGAACAAGAUUCAUAUAGCAACUUUCAGGUUUAUCAAAAUCAAUUAAAUAUGUCCCAUCAGUGUAGUCAUUUUAAUGUUCUCACUCACCAGACAUUUUUGGGAAUACCAUAUGCCCUUUCAUCGAGUCAGUCUCAAGAAAGUGAAAAUUACUUUUUAUCUGCUUAUACUGAAAGCUUGGGGGAAAAAUGAUUUUGCAGGCCAUCUUCAAAAGAGAAAUAGUUACAGUUAACUUUUUUUUACAUAGGUUGUUAAUGGACUUUUUUUCUGUUUCUUAAAAGUGAAUUAACAAUUUAUAUUUCAUUCUUUAAGCAAGAGGUUUCUGUCCUUUCUCAAAUGUUUUUCCCCCUCUUAUUUAAAUCAUGAUGGCCUGUUACAGUUAAAGCAUAUGAAAAUUGAAAUAAAUAUAUAUAUAUAUUUUUAACAUAUAUUGUACUUGAAUUAUCUCAUGUUGGCACUUUUUAAGUUUUAUGUUUGUAUGUUAUCUGUACUUUGGCUUCAAAUUGAAGUCGUUUAUAUAUAAAACAAGGUGUUUGCAAAAGGAUAGUGAACAGCAAUGGCUUUCCUCUAUUGUUAGAUGAUACCAACUACUUUUGCUGAAAUGAUGUAUCAACUAUUUAUUUUCACUUAAGCUUUUGUAUAGUGUUUUUACACAGGUAUAAGCCAGUGAUAUUAAUAUUUACAGGAUUUUGGCUCAAUACCUCACGAUUUAUCUAACAAUUCCGUUUCAUUUUUAGAUUAUAAACUAUGUACAUAAGACUUAGGCCUUAAUACCAGGCAGCAUUAUUUUUUAUCUUCUGGCAUGUUGCUAAAAUUCUGGUCAACCUAUUAUUUUAGAGUACUUGGUAAUUAUUUCCAGUGCUUAUGUGACCCUUGACUUAUCCUAAUUCAAUUUCAAAAAAUAGGUUUAUUAAAGGCACUGGACAAUUUGGAACAAACCCUUUGCCUAUACAUUUAUAAACUGGUAGUCUUAGAAAAGAAGUAUCUUUUUGAGGUGGUAAGUACUUUAAUGCUAGAUUAAAAUAACUUUUUAAAUUCACAGAUAAAGUAUGUGGUGGAGACAAAUUUUAAACCCAUAGCUAUUGCCAAUAACUGCCUCUCCAUUACUAAUGCAAACUUGUAAAAGUCAUAAAAGUUGGGAUCUAUUAAACCAGACUUUUCCUUUGGCACUUCAAAAGAAGACCUUUAAAUGUUUUAUAGAGCAAAAUACAUAGGUGUUUAAAAAGUGUGGAACAACAUUGUCUAUUAACAGAUUACAGACUCCAGGCUGUGUUAAGGUAAGUAGGAAUGUGUUUUUAUAGGACUUAAUACCCAGAUUGUGACAGAGCAGAAAAGUGUUUUAUUGUUAAAAAAUAAUUAUAUAUACAUAUACAGCAUUUUACUACAGAAUAUACAAAUUUUAAAUAAGCAUUUAAAAAUAAAUCUAGGCUAUUUGAAAAAAUACAGUUAAGCAACGAGGACAUUUUAUAAUUUGGAAGACAAAUGUGAAGGAUUUGAUUUUCUAUAUUGAAAAUGAAGAACUAAAGUUAUCUUCUUGAUUGGCAGCUAAAGGCAUGAGAUUAGUUUCCAACUCCCUUUGCUUCUGGAGAAGGCCCUGAAAUCACAUCGAUAUGUUAGUAAGGUGUGUAGCUAUUACAAUAUUUGAAGAUUAUAUUUUUAGUAUAGAAACAAAUAGGGAUGACUUUAUUCUUAAAGUCAAUAUAAUUAUGGGGCUGAAAUUCCCCCCUUUCUGUCCGCCAAAUGCUCUUAGUGCAGUGAUGGCGAACCUAUGACACGCGUGUCAGAGGUGACACGCGAACUCAUUUUUUUGGUUGAUUUUUCUUUGUUAAAUGGCAUUUAAAUAUAUAAAAUUUAAAAAAAUUUCUAUAUGUGACAUAGUACCAGAGUUAAGUUAGGGUUUUUUUCAAAAUGCUGACAUGCCGAGCUCAAAAGGUUCGCCAUCACUGCCUAGUGUUUAGUGGCUAAUACAAAACCCUGCUGAAAUAAUAUGGGGAUGAAUGUGUACAUCAUAUUCCUUCAUCCUGACCUGUCUCCACAAAGUAGUUUUAGGUAAAAAAUCUAAAUCUGUAUGAAACCAAACCUAUCAUUUAAAAAAACAGAACAGUUUUCUUCAUAAUCCUGUGUUAGUAAGGAUUAUUUUCUAGGUCUACAGAAAGAACUAGUAAGCAAUACUUGAGUCACCAAUUUGCAAUGCAAGAGGCAUUGCUGAUAAAUGACUUAACAUGGAAAAAGGCAUUCCUAAAAUGGCAGUGUAUUUUCCCCAAAUACAAAAGGCACACUGUGAAUCAAAACAGCAGAAAAAAAUUUGCGAGCCUUUUUUUUUUUUUUUUUACCUAAAAAAGAUUAGAAUUCACAUAAUUGGUCUGGGAUAAAAAGUAGUCUGAGUAAGGUUAUACAUAUAAUUUCAUAUUGCAUUCUAUUCUUUGGGACUUGUGUCAAUGUUCAAUUCUAAACACUGCCAACACAUCCACUUUUUAAAAAGUGUGAACUGCAUUUCUAAGAAUCUCUUAUACCAUAAUUGUAUAUUUAUUUUCUGCCUUUGGUUUUAGGGCCUUAUUGAUUGGUCAUGUCUUACAAUGUAUGAAUUUGUUUUUCAUUCAAUAAAAAUGUCUUAAUAUUUGAACUGUA